UUGGAUCAAUAUGAAGAACGCACAGUCUCCUGGUGUGUGUUGUCACCUCUGAUAGAGACAAAAGGAGCAAUACAUAGAGAGAUAUCUUUAAAAUGGAGACAUUCGCACCAGCUGGCAACUGAACCAAACAGGCUUUCUGUGAUGACAUCGCUCAUAUUCGUGCACUUCCUUCUCCUGGGGUUAAGGGUCAUCGACACCACCGCAGGCACAUGGAGACGCUGCACAGAUUUGCUCCCUCUGGAUCUUCUGUCUUUUGUCCUGGAGAGGGACACCUCCAAACUCGUUCCAGGGGUGCACAUGAAGCAGGCUGGAGGGGUGAGGGGUGUGCAGUUAUCAAGCCCUCAUACCUCCAUGAGCUUUCUCUCCUCCCAGGUGCUGGCGAACUGCGAACUUUUGCCCACAGAAUUCUCCAUCGUUGUGACGCUGAAAGUCGGUCACAUUGCAUCCAAGAGAAAUGAAUACAUCUUUUCCUUGAUGGAGCCAAAAAAUGCAGAUAAAAGAGGAGCGGGGCAGAAGGAGGAAGAGGAGAUCAUUAAAAGGGACAUUUUGGAAAGGAAUAAAGAAGAAGAGCAACAUGAAGAGAGGGGGAAGGAGAGGCGAGUCCAGAGUACUGACGAACGUGGACGGGUCAUCCUGGGAAUGAGGCUCUCGAGAAAACGUCUGCAUUUCUUUUUGAAAAGUCACGGAGGGGUCGUAGAGCAUUGGGGGUUUCAAGGCGCUCGGCUAGCUGACAACCAGUGGCACACUCUGGUUUUAGUUGUUGCCAGUCAUCGUGUGAAGCUCACAGUGGACUGCAGCUCACCCCAGGAAAUAAUUCCCUCCAGGCCUUUACCCUCAGACCUCAACAUUGAGGGAUCGAGAUUCCACAUUGGCAGUCGGGGGAGAUGGAAAGGCUUGUAUUCAGGUCUGUUGCGACAGCUGGUUUUGGUGCCAGGUUCAGAUGCUACCCAUUAUGUCUGCCCCUCCUCAGACCCCCAGCUAGCAGCUCUGUCAGUACCACCACUUCUCUCAGACUUAUCUGUCACAGGAAGGGAGGACGGCAACCAUGUGACUUCCUAUGAAACAGAGCGGGUGUCAGUGGGACUGGAGCAGUCGUGCUCAGAGUUGCAGCAGGGCCAGAUGUGGUUCAAUCCGCACAGGAAAGGCCUCUACCUCUGCGACGGUACAGUGUGGAUCACUGUGUUAGAGGAUCAUAAACGACUGGACUAUGUGGUGGAGCAUCAAGUCCUCACCACCAGCUCAGAGACACAUGAUGUAGAGGUGUUCCAGGUACCUGGCAUGGGUCUGAUGGCUGCUAUGGCUCAUCGGUCAGCCUCUGGCUCCGCUGUAUAUCUGUGGGGUCGCACAGGUUUCCAGCUCUACCAGAAUAUCAGCACAUAUGAAGCUUUGGCUUGGAGACACUUCAGCAUGGGCAAGAAGACAUUUCUGGUGGUGUCUAACUCUGGAGGGGGGACAGACAAGCGUAAACACUCAGAGACUGACAUAUCUGUGAUUUAUAAGUGGAGCAAAAGAAGGAAACGGUUUGUGCGGUUCCAGACUCUGCAGACUCUCUGUGCCCGGGACUGGGAGGCCUUUAACAUCAAUCGGCAAACCUAUCUUGCUGUGGCCAAUCACAGACAAGGUGAUAAUAACCACACUAUCAACAGUGUGAUAUACAAAUGGAACAAGUUGACAAAGUCUUUUGAGGUUCACCAAAUGCUGCUGACCUCAGGAGCCUAUGACUGGGAGUUCUUCACAGUUGGACCGUACCAUUUCCUGGUGGUCGCAAAUGCCUUUGAUGGAGUAACCACUUCUGUGGACUCAGUCAUUUACGUUUGGGUCAGUGGAAGCUUCCAAGUGUUUCAGACAAUUAAGACGUUCUGCGCCACAGACUGGGAAAUGUUUCAGAUUGGCAGCAGAGUUUUCCUCGUCGUUGCCAAUGGACACAGACUCCAUGGUAACGGACCGAGUCGAUACGCCAUCAACUCCACUAUCUACGAGCUGGACAUGAUUGGACGGCUGUUCGUCCGCUUCCAGGAUAUUGUCACCUACAGUGCGGUGGACUGGGAGUUCUUCACCCUCGGGGAGGAAUAUUUUCUGGUUGUCGCUAACUCCUUUAACGGAGAGUCCUACUCUCUCAACAGCAUUCUCUACAGGUGGCAGGGAUAUGAAGGAUUUGUUCCUGUUCAUUGGCUCCCAACCAUUGGGUGCAGUGACUGGGAGUUUUUCAGCUCUAAAGGAGAAUCGUAUCUGAUCUAUUCUAGUGCCAAAGCACCUCUUUCCAAAGUGUUCAAGCUGAAAACCUACUAGGCCAAAAAAAGAGAGUGUGCAUGUAGCUUUGUGUACUGUAUUCAUGUUUGUGUACAUGUUGUCCUAUUUUUGUAAGUAUCUGUGUGCUCCUGUGUGAGAAAAUCUUUGCAAUACUAUUUGAAAUGUGUGAGUGAGUUUAAAGGUAUACUAUGCAGGAUUGUUGGUUGUGCAACAUGUUCGCCAGCAGAAGUGAAAGGAAAAGCCAGUCCCAGGUUCACUCUCGCUUGGUGUUUCGAUUCAAACAGUAAAGUUGCAGCCAAAAACCUUAACUCAUUUAUUUAUUUAAUUUAAUUUAAUAUCUUAAGUUUGUUGAACUUGUUUUCUCAAGUUCAGGGAACUUAACUCAACUCAAAGUACAUUCUCACAACUCAUGAGCCGAUCUAUAGGUGUACUAUGCUUGCCAGCGAAAGUAAAAGUAAUAGCCACACUGAGGAUGCAGGAAAUUUAGGGUUUGAUGCUCAAAAUUCCUUGGGGGUGGACCCCAAACCCCAUUUCAUAUGUGAGUCUAUACACUGUUUCUUUGGAAAAUCCUGCAUAGUAUAUCUUAAAGUAAAUAUGCCUUUACAAUACUGUGCCUCAAUUUACAUAGUACAGUCAGGACUGUAGGAACCAUUAAGGUCAUGACCUUAAUAUUGUUUCUAAAAAAUUGUCUGUUUAAUAGCCUGCAGAGGAUUUUACAUUCAACAGAAAUUGCACAUGGUGGCUUUUGAAGAAUGAUUUUGGUAUUUCUUGGAGUAAUUAUCUUUAAAUAUGACAGCUUUCUGCAAGAAUUAUUAGAUUAAAUUGAUAUAUGAUAAAACGAUGUAGCAUUUCUUCACAAUAAUAACGUCCUAGAUUAUCCUAAGGUUUUGAAACUGGUGCAGAUGACUAAAUACAUGACUGAAGAAAAUGAGAAAAAAAAGUAAAGUAAAAAGAAAAUUCCAGAGAUUUUUUUCACAAAUGCCCUGAAGUCCUAAAG